GCGUUAUUCAGUCUGGUAUCUUAAACCAAGCAAUAGAGCUUCCUCGCGCCAUGGAAAAGCUUAAAAUCAACUCGGACAGAAAGUUUGAAACUGCGAGGGAAAGAUUCAAAGAUGCGCGCAAGACAGCAGCCACUGCUUUCUGGAAUGAGUCACUUAGUAUCGAAGAUCGAAUUUUUGCCGCGAAGCUACGAAUAGUUUCAGAAAUACUGGAACAUCUCGAUAGUCCUGAGAUCGCAAUCACUGGGUGUUUGUCGUUUUUAAAGAAGCUUCAUAGCUUACCAGCCAUUCAAGAGAUAUUCUCGGUGUAUUUGAACGGUGGAGUCAAAUCGUUGUUGAAUAAAACACAACGAGUGGAGAACGUCAAGUCGGUUAUGUUAAUGAACUAUGUGUUGUUUCAGUAUGUUUGGAAAUUCAGCAGCAAGUAUUUGUCUGAAGUGUUCGACGACAUGCCAACGAUUAAACUUCCUGAUCGUAGUUUUCACCCAACAAGAAAUUGGAACGAAAUUUCAACAAGAGAGUCUAUGGGAGAGGAAUUGCUUCAUCCUCCCUACGAACAGUUCCUUGAUGAAAAAAUAAUGCCCGCCUUAUCUGCUGUGAACAGUCAGGGGGAUGUUCUUACUGUCCCUGAUACUGGGUCUCGUGACGACAUCAUGAUUAUCCAUGAGACAGGAAAAAUCAAACGGGUUGAAAUACCUGAAUUUGCAGGUUAUAUUUUAAAGGCGCUUGCUGUUGAUAUGAAUAACAAUAUUUACGUGGUGAGAGGACGUUCUCGUGAAGUAUUCAUAUUGACGAUAUUGGACGAGAAUUACAAUGUAAAAGCAAAUCAUACAUUGGAUUUUCUCGAGGACAAAAGUGUGUUGUCUUCAGUUAAGAUCGCGAUAUGCAAAGACGAUGAUAUUAUCAUCAUCCAACACGAAGACCCUCAUGUGUAUGUUUGUGACAAGACGUGUCAAUUGAAAUACAAGUUUAAACGUGACUCGAAGUUGCCAUUUUCAUUGAGUAUUUCCCAGCAGAAUGAAAUCAUGAUACCAAAAGACGAUCAUACGGCGGUUCAAAUAUACACCAAGGGCGAGAAAGGAAAUCUGAAGACAACAAUAAAAGUCCCAGAAGGUCAUGAGGUAUGGAAUGUCGCAUUUCACUCCAAAAUUGGUAAAAUAUUGGUUUUAACAAGAGUUAAGGAAAAAGAUUGCUAUUUCAUUCUGUGCUACCCUGAAGCAGGCGGGGAGCUGGAGACUCUCACCUUCUGUUGUAAAGAUAAAAAUUUCUUCUUUGAAUUCACCCCAAAACUGGUAUCCCAUCCCAAGGGUCCUGUUGUUGUUGUAAGACACAGAAGCAUCAUUUACCUUCAAUGGGAUUUAGUAUGA